ACCCUAACCCAAACCCAAUUCAUAUUUCAUAAAAAGUCAAAAAAAUAUACUAGCCCUUAUUAUCAAUAAUAAUAGGAAGCACCUAAUACCUUUCCUAGUAACAUUAUAUAGACACUCACUGCUAUACUAUACCUUCAGGUUUGAGAAAGCAAGACAAACCAAUCAAAAUGAGCAAAGCACAGCUGGUGUUCAUCCCAUCUCCAGGCAUAGGCCACCUCGUAUCGACGGUUGAGAUGGCAAAGCUCCUCGUCGGCCGAGAUGACCGCCUCUCUAUCACCAUCCUCAUCAUGAAGUUUCCAUUCGAUAACAAGGGCACAACCACCCAAUCACUCUCCUCCGACCGCAUACGCUUCCUCGACCUCUUUCACGACGCCUCUUCCACAGCCGAUCCCAAUUCCAAGGCCCCCGACCCUUUGCUCUAUGACUACAUCGAAAAUCACAAGACUCCCGUCAGAGACGUUGUCUCCGAGAUAGUCUCUAAGUCCGAGUCUGAGUCUGAGACUGAGUCCACUCCACGACUCGCUGGGUUUGUGAUUGAUAUGUUGUGCACGCCCAUGAUUGACGUGGCGAACGAGUUCGGCGUCCCGACCUACGUCUUUUUCACGUCCAGCGCUGGGUUCCUGAGUCUCAUGUUCCAUAUCGACACCCUUCAACAAGACAUCACUGAGUUGAAAGGCUCGGACGCUGAGUUGAACGUUCCGGCUUAUGCCAACCCAGUCCCCGCAAAGGUCUUGCCUUCUGUUUUGUUCGACAAGGAAGGCGGGUUCACCAUGUUCAUCAAUAUCACUAAGCGCUGCAGAGAAACCGAAGGUAUUAUAGUCAACACAUUCACGGAGCUCGAAUUCCGUGCUCUCAAGUCCCUCCAAGACGACCAUACAAUCCCAAAAAUAUAUCCUGUGGGACCCGUACUCAAUCUCAAAGGCGGCAGCCCAAACGAGGCCCAAAACAGCCAAUCCGAAGUGGACAUCAUGAGGUGGUUGGACGACCAGGAUCCGUCGUCGGUGGUGUUCCUCUGCUUCGGGAGCAUGGGAAGCUUCGAUGGGGACCAGGUCAAGGAGAUAGCGCGUGCUCUUGAGAGUUCCGGACACCGGUUCUUGUGGUCCCUACGUCAGCCUCCACCCAAAGGAAAGAUUGAGCUUCCGAAACAGUACGAAAAUCCGACGGAUGUCCUGCCAGAAGGGUUCUUGGAUCGGAUGGCGGAGAUUGGGAAAGUGAUAGGGUGGGCCCCGCAGGUGGCGGUGCUUUCUCAUCGGGCGGUGGGAGGGUUUGUGUCGCACUGUGGAUGGAAUUCGACGUUGGAGAGCUUGUGGUGCGGUGUGCCGGUGGCCACAUGGCCGAUGUACGCGGAGCAGCAGAUGAAUGCCUUCCAGCUGGUGAGGGAGUUCGGAAUGGCAGUGGAGAUAAAGAUGGAUUAUAGGAAGGAUUUUGGGAUGAAGGAGAUGCCGGUGAUGGUGACGGCGGAGGAGAUAAGUAGUGGGAUAAGGCAAUUGAUGGACGUUAGUGAUGAAAUUAAGCACAAAGUGAAGAAGAUGAGCGAGGAGAGCAGGGUAGCCGUGACGGAAGGUGGCUCGUCCUAUUGUUCCCUCGGAUGCUUCAUUGAAGAUGUCAUCCAAGGACGAGUUUGACUAGGAUAAUAGUGAUAAAAAAUGGAGAAAUGUUUGGACCCCUUUGGAUGAGUCUCAACCCUCAAAACUGAUCUCAGCCCUUUUAUGUAUGUGUGUGAUGUACUUUAUAUAUGUAUAUAUAUA